CAGAAGCCGAGUGCGGAAGAGGAAACGGCGCUGUGCGGGCUCAGGGUUCCGCCUGUGGAGCUUCACAUAUUCUCCUAGCCGACACAGCCUGCUUAACCAUCACACUUUAACCGUUUCUGCACGCGGGGAUAGAAGAAAUGGCUGGACGGUUACCGGCGUGUGUCGUCGACUGCGGCACCGGUUACACCAAACUGGGGUAUGCAGGGAACACAGAGCCACAGUUCAUCGUUCCAUCAUGUAUUGCCAUUAAAGAGUCAGCCAAGGUUGGAGACCAGGCCCAGCGGAGGAUGAUGAAGGGGGUGGAUGACUUGGAUUUCUACAUCGGAGAUGAAGCAGUAGACAAGCCCUCAUAUUCAACUAAGUGGCCGAUCCGUCAUGGCAUUGUGGAGGACUGGGACCUUAUGGAGCGCUUCAUGGAGCAGAUCAUCUUCAAGUACCUGAGGGCUGAGCCUGAGGACCACUACUUCCUCCUGACUGAGCCUCCUCUGAACACACCAGAAAACAGAGAGUACACAGCUGAGAUCAUGUUUGAGUCCUUCAAUGUACCAGGGCUGUACAUCGCUGUGCAGGCUGUGCUUGCUUUGGCAGCCUCCUGGACGUCCAGACAGGUGGGAGAGAGGACGCUGACGGGCACCGUCAUCGACAGCGGAGACGGUGUCACCCAUGUCAUCCCUGUGGCUGAAGGUUAUGUAAUCGGCAGCUGUAUAAAGCACAUCCCCAUCGCAGGACGAGACAUCACCUACUUCACCCAGCAGCUCCUGAGGGAGAGGGAGGUGGGCAUCCCGCCGGAGCAGUCGCUGGAGACCGCCAAGGCAGUCAAGGAGCGGUUCAGCUACGUGUGCCCAGAUCUAGUCAAAGAGUUCAACAAGUACGACACGGACGGCUCCAAGUGGAUCAAGCAGUACACAGGUAUCAACUCCAUCAGCAAGAAGGAGUUCACCAUCGAUGUGGGCUACGAGCGCUUCCUGGGGCCCGAGAUCUUCUUCCACCCAGAGUUUGCCAACCCUGACUUCACCCAGCCGAUCUCUGAAGUUGUGGAUGAGGUCAUUCAGAACUGUCCUAUCGAUGUCCGGCGUCCUCUCUAUAAGAACGUGGUUCUGUCAGGAGGCUCCACCAUGUUCAGGGACUUCGGGCGCCGUCUGCAGAGAGACUUAAAGAGGACGGUGGACGCCAGACUGAAGAUGAGUGAGGAGCUGAGUGGAGGCAAGCUGAAGCCCAAACCAAUCGAUGUCCAAGUUAUCACUCAUCAUAUGCAGAGAUAUGCCGUGUGGUUCGGAGGAUCAAUGUUAGCAUCAACUCCUGAGUUCUACCAGGUUUGCCACACCAAAAAGGACUACGAAGAGAUCGGGCCGAGCAUCUGUCGCCACAACCCCGUGUUCGGAGUCAUGUCUUAACUUUUGGAGCUCCGAGGCGUUCCGGCGGCGGGCGGGUGGGGGAGGUGGAGUUAGGCUGUGUAACGGACAGGCGCAGGAGGUGGGGGACGGUGGCGCUUCUGUGCUUUUUGAUUACUUGUUCAGCUGUGGAUGUGUGGGACGAGGAGGCGAUCAAGAUUAUAUAAAUGAAAAAAAAAAAAAAAAGACCAGACCAAACACAGACCGGCUGGAAAAUUUAUUGUGAAUGUUCCUUUUUUUUUUCUUUCUUUCUUUGUUUUUCUUUUUUUGUCAAAAUGAGGGAAUAUGGUUUGUAAGCCAAAACAGUUUUUAGAACAUUUUGUGGAGCAACUUUGCAGUGAGAGAUGAUAAAGAUGAUGAUAAAGAUUAUAAAGAUGGUGUUGUAGCAUGAUGACAGAAACAAUGAUAGUAAUUUCCUGACACCAGAACAUAUUAUUUAUGUUUAUAAGAUCCCAGAACAUAUUAUUGUCUCCCUUUUUUAUUUUCUGCAGUUUUUUUUUUUCUCCCAGCUUCAAAUGCACAUGUCUGUGUAUCACGGUAAGAGCUUGUUUAUAUUUCAUACAAAAGUUUUUUAUAUGUAAAACUUGGGAAAUCAGGGGUUUAAAAAAAAAUAUCGGCAAGAGACUGAGUCUGAACCCACGAUGCAGCUUUGAUACGCAGUAUUUUCUUGAGUUUGAGUCCAGCAGGUGUCCUCCUGUUACUCCCCACAUGUGUCAUGGCUGUCUUCUCCCCUUUAAUUCUUCAUACAGGACAUUAACUCACAUCUGCUUUCACUUCAGACCAUGUCAGGAUUCUCCUGCUGUGAUGCAGUGAGAGGAAAGAGAGAGAGGACAUGCUGAGGUUAUAGAGAUGAAACUGAUAAAGAACGACUGUCAGACCAGUAUUGUUAGACUAGAAGUUUUUUUAUUAUUAAAUACCAAAUUAUUAAAAGAAUGGGAUUUGUGUAUUUAAUGCCUUGCAACAUUCCAAUAAAGGCUCAAAUUUGUUUCUAA